CCAAUCAGAGCACAGCUUACGUCAUUUCCUCCUCGAAGGCCAAAGGAACGUCGGGCGGAAGAGCCUAGAGAGAGGGCCGGAAGAAGUGGGUCAUGUGGGUGUGUCCAAUCGGCCCCGAGCCUCGUGGAGGCUAAGCUGCCUCACUUGUGGUAUCGGCCACUUUUAACAUGGGGCUCACCAAGCAGUACCUGCGCUAUGUUGCCAGCGCAGUCUUUGGCCUGAUUGGCAGCCAGAAAGGUAAUAUUGUGUUUGUGACACUCCGUGGUGAAAAAGGACGCUAUGUAGCAGUACCAGCCUGUGAACAUGUUUUCAUCUGGGAUUUAAGGAAAGGAGAGAAGAUCCUCAUCCUUAAGGGGCUUAAACAAGAGGUCACUUGCUUGUGCCCCUCCCCAGAUGGGUUGCACUUAGCUGUUGGUUAUGAGGAUGGGUCAGUCCGAAUCUUCAGUCUCCUGAGUGGAGAAGGAAAUGUGACCUUCAAUGGACACAAAGCAGCCAUCACAUCCUUGAAGUAUGAUCAGCUAGGAGGCAGGUUGGCAUCUGGGUCCAAGGACACAGAUAUUAUUGUAUGGGAUGUGAUCAAUGAAAGUGGCCUCUACCGUCUAAAGGGGCACAAGGACGCUGUCACACAAGCAUUGUUUCUACGGGAAAAGAAUCUGCUCGUUUCUAGUGGGAAGGAUACCAUGGUGAAAUGGUGGGACCUUGAUACCCAGCACUGCUUCAAAACAAUCGUUGGCCACCGAACUGAGGUCUGGGGGUUGGUUCUUGUGUCAGAAGGAAAGCGACUCAUCACUGGGGCUUCGGACAGUGAACUGAGGGCUUGGGACAUAGCCUAUCUCCAAGAGAUUGAAGACCUAGAAGAACCAGAGCCCAAGAAAAUCAAGGAGUCUUCCUCUGGAAUACAGGACACAGAUGAAGUAGAGGAUGGUUCCCUUGAGGUGGAUGAAGCUCCUGAGGAUCGCAUCCUAACAUGCAAAAAAGCUGGUUCCCUGAUGAGAGAAGGAAGAGACAGAGUUGUGAACCUUGCAGUUGACAAGACAGGCAGGAUUCUUGCUUGCCAUGGAGCUGAUUCUGUGCUAGAAGUUUUUUGUAUCCUUUCCAAAGAGGAAAUUCAGAAGAAAAUGGAUAAGAAGAUGAAGAAGGCUAGAAAGAAAGCAAAAUUAAAUUCUUGCAAAGGGGAAGAGGGAGACCUUGAAGUCAAUGUUGAAUUGACUCUGCAAGAUGAAAUCCAACGGGUGAUUAAUAUCAAAACUUCUGCUAAAAUCAAAUCCUUUGACUUGAUUCAUGCACCUCAAGGAGAGUUAAAGGCUGUCUUUCUGCUACAAAACAAUUUGGUGGAAUUAUAUUCACUAAGUCCAUCUACACCUGCUCCUCAGCCCAUGAGGACAAGCAGAAUUACCAUCGGGGCUCAUCGCAGUGAUGUGCGGACUUUGUCAUUCAGCUCAGACAAUAUUGCUGUCCUUUCAGCAGCAGCUGAUUCCAUUAAGAUAUGGAACAGGUCUACACUGCAGUGUAUUCGCACGAUGACCUGUGAAUAUGCGCUUUGCUCCUUCUUUGUUCCUGGUGAUAGGCAGGUGGCCAUAGGAACAAAGACAGGAAAGCUGCAGCUUUGUGAUCUGGCCUCUGGAAAUCUGCUGGAGACAAUAGAUGCACAUGAUGGAGCAUUAUGGUCCAUGUCCCUCUCUCCAGAUCAGCGUGGCUUUGUGACAGGUGGUGCAGAUAAAUCUGUCAAGUUCUGGGAUUUUGAGUUGGUGAAAGAUGAAAAUAGUACCCAAAAGAGGCUUUCUGUGAAACAAACCAGAAUCUUGCAACUAGAUGAAGAUGUUCUGUGUGUCAGUUACUCCCCCAAUCAAAAGCUGUUGGCUGUGUCUUUGCUGGACUGUACUGUGAAAGUUUUCUAUGUUGACACUUUAAAGUUUUUUCUCUCACUAUAUGGACACAAACUGCCUGUUAUAUGCAUGGACAUCUCUUAUGAUGGAGCACUCAUAGCAACUGGCUCUGCCGACAGGAAUGUGAAGAUCUGGGGCCUGGACUUCGGGGACUGCCACAAGUCUCUCUUUGCACAUGACGACAGUGUGAUGUGCCUACGGUUCGUACCCAAGUCUCACCUCUUCUUCACUGCUGGGAAGGACCAUAAGAUUAAGCAAUGGGAUGCGGACAAGUUUGAACACAUACAGACCCUGGAGGGGCACCACAAGGAAAUAUGGAGCUUGGCUGUAAGCCCAAGUGGGGACUAUGUUGUGUCAUCAUCCCAUGACAAAUCUCUGAGAGUUUGGGAGAGAACGAGAGAGCCUCUUAUCCUUGAGGAUGAAAGGGAAAUGCAAAGGGAAGCAGAAUAUGAGGAGAGUGUGGCCAAAGAAGACCAACCAGCAGUUCCAGGAGAGACUCAAGGUGACAAUUAUUUUACUGGAAAGAAAACCAUUGAAACCGUCAAAGCAGCUGAGAGGAUCAUGGAGGCUGUUGAGCUAUAUCGGGAAGAAACUGCAAAAAUGGAAGAGCACAAAGCCAUUUGCAAAGCUGCAGGGAAAGAGGUUCCUCUUCCCAUCAACCCCAUCCUGAUGGCUUAUGGCAACAUCUCUCCUUCAGCUUAUGUGUUGGAGAUUUUUAAAGGAAUCAAGUCAAGUGAGCUGGAAGAAUCUCUGCUUGUGCUGCCUUUCUCUUACGUCCCAGACAUUCUUAAGCUCUUCAAUGAAUUCAUCCAGCUGGGCUUGGAUGUUGAACUGAUGUGUAGAUGCCUCUUCUUUCUCCUCAGGAUUCACUUUGGGCAGAUCACUAGCAACCAAAUGCUUGUGCCAGUGAUUGAAAAAUUAAAAGAAACAACUAUUUCAAAAGUCAGCCAAGUCCGAGAUGUUAUCGGCUUCAAUAUGGCAGGUCUUGAUUACCUCAGGAGGGAAUGUGAAGCAAAAAGUGAAGUGAUGUUUUUUGCUGAUGCUACCAGCCACUUAGAAGAGAAGAAGCGGAAGAGGAAAAAGAGGGAGAAGCUAAUUUUAAGUUACAACUGAAAAGUGGUGCCUUUCUUUACUUUUUAUUUAAAAGGACUUGUAAACUAAGCAGCAGAAUUGGUGUCAUACUUAAUUGUGUUGCAGAAGGCCUCAGGGUGUGGGUCCCAGCUUUGCCGGGGGGAAUUCCAGCCUGGACUGUGGGUUCCCUUUCUUGAAUUUGUCCACAAGAUUAGUUUAAAAUCACCCUGUGUCCUCAAAGAUUGAGUCUUGCAGUUGUUGUUCCGUUUAUAUUCUAGCAGGGAGCAAAGAACUUUUUAAACUACAUAUUUGUUUCACUAGAGCUGAAAUUAACAUUUCAGAAGUUUUUAUUUCUUUUAUGGCAGAAGAUUUGUUACUCUUUGUAUUAGGUCUUACCUGCUACUGACAUAAUCAGGUGCAGGAUUGAUUGUCCUCUGCCCCUAAACGCAGAGGGGAAAUUAGAGAGCCGAAAGGAACCAUAAAAAUUGCCUAGAACAAUCUCCUUAAAGUUAACCUCUUGCAGGUUGUUAUAUCUGUAUAUAAAAGUAUCCUCAUUGCCAAUUGUUUAUACUUCUCUAAAUAAAAGAGUUGUUUUAAUUGAAGCAUAA